UCAGUCCCUGUGUAAUAAAAAGACUUUCAUUACAUAGUGCACUCUCGUGUCUCGCCCAUCACAGACAGGGUCACAAGCCACGGGCGUCUUCAUUAGACAAAUGUCCCUUUCAAAACGUGUUGAUCGAUGCUUAUAAGCAAGCGCUGGAGCAGAGCCCAGAUCAGAGAAAAGAAAAGCCGCCGACAAACAUUUAAAAAGACCUAAUCAGCAAUAAUUACAGAAGAUGAGCAUGACAAAAUGACACUAGGUGCUUCUCUACCUCUGACUUGUCCUUGGCAUAGCUGUUUCUUUUACAAACCUGACUGGCUUGCAUUAUAUGUGCUAAAAUAAUGUAACGCAAUUUAGCCUCCCCUGUUCUAAUGCCAAGAUUGUUCUCGCUUAUCAGGGUGAUUUAUUACUCUAAUUUAUACGCUCAGCUUGGCUCGGUGUUGAGGACAGCAGAUCUGAUUGGACAUGAGUUUCCUAAUGCGGCAGUGUGCUGUCUUUAUGGUGACUCUAGUGUAGAUGCCAGGCUGUUGAUUGGAAACACUUUUAAUAGCUGCAGAGACAGAGGAGACUGGCUGAAUGCACUCUGGUUUGGACAUAGCUUAGCUACACAAAUAUUCAGUUGAAGUAAUAGUAAAAGUACUGGUGUUACAAUCACAAGGUCAGAAAUUCAUGAGGGCUUGUUGCAAAAAUGCCACACAAAUUCAAGAUAAAAGGGCAAAAAUUGCCCCUGCAUAAUGAAACUAAAUAUAUUAUGGCUGUUGCAGUUAAAAUGAAAUGUGAGAAGUGUCAAAUCGUGGUAUUACAUUUAGAUCUUUGCACGCUGCGUUAAGCUUCUAACCAAUCACAGAUGUUUCUGUUGAGCUUAUGAAUGCAUUGGCCAAUCAGAUGCGUCUAGAUUAGUCAGCGCUGGAGUUUUGUUGAGUGCGCGCUGUACACCAAAUUCUGUAGUGCAGAUACCAUGUAAAAUAAGAAAUUAAUUUCGCAGCUUCAGUGAUUAUAAUGGUAGUUUUUACAUAACUUGGAUUUUUCAAAUGUUGCUAUGCUGUUGCUAUGGUCCUUGCAUGGCUUUCAUCAGAUAAAUCCGUUUACUUUGCGUAUAGGUUAGAGUGGAGAGAGCUAAAUACAGAUGUAAAACUAGAACUAACAUGUUUUUUGUUUUGGAUCAUUAAAAUCACAUUAAUCACAGUCAGAAACGAUCACAUGUGCAUCCACAAGUGCGGAUGAGUCGCGAAGCACCGCCCACUCACCUGUCAAUCAACCAGAGCGCUAAAAAAUUAAUUUGAAAUUUACCGCGAACAUGUGCAGCCUUAACGGAAAAUAACCGUCUGAACAAAACAUCUGGAUAAGCGCAUUAGGCUACACGGCAUGAUUGAUAUCAGAUCAUUUGAAUCACAUCGAAGUUCAGUUCACACAGGUUUUGAGCCGUUUGGUGAACACACUGUCAAUGCCAGCUGGGUGGCAGUACAGGAGCUGGAGAAACUGGGCUUGCGUCACGAUAUAAACCUUCACGUUGCUGAAGUUCCUGUGGAGUAUCAGGCGGUUCAGAGUCUUCUGCCGUCUCUAUGGAAACAGCACCUUCCUCAAUUAGUGGUCCAUGUUGGAGUGUCUGGCAUGGCCACGACAGUAACGCUUGAACAGUGUGGUCAUAACCAGGGUUACAUGCGCCUGGAUAACUGCAGCUUCUGUCCGGAGUCACGCUGCUGUAUGGCGGGAGGACCGGACUGCAUUCAGUCUGUCAUAGACAUGGACGCCGUCUGUAAGAGAGUCAGCUCCUCUGGGCUCGGCGUAUCUGUGUCUGUGUCAAAGGACGCCGGCAGGUAUCUGUGUGACUACACCUACUACAUGUCUCUGUUUAUGGGCGAGGGCAGAUCUGCGUUUGUGCACGUUCCUCCUCUAGGGAAGCCCUACAGCGCGGAGCAGCUCGCUCGGGCCCUCAGGGCCGUCAUCCUGGAGAUGCUUGAACUGAUGGAGCACAACAAGGGAAAGAAACACUGUGUGCACGACCAAUGAGAGACACAGGCCGAGUCUCGUACGCAGUUAUGUAGCGUUGCUUCGGAUUCAAGAGUUCAGGCACAUUUGAAGACAUCAGUGUCUUAACUUGUGUGCUACAUACUAGGAUCAAUCAGCUGGUUUGAGAUGCAGCUUGUGUGCUAAACUCAAUCCUACAGCUGCGUUCAAAUAGUCAGGAAAGCACUUUAAUGGGGUAUACUUGAAACAUGCAGAGAUAUGGUAUUAUGCAUAAAAAAGACUUGGAAGUGUGGUUCUAAUGUGAAACACUUCGAAUACAAGGAGAUCUUUAAACUGUAGUUCAAAAAUGAUUUUUUUAAACAAUCAAGGCAGAAUUUCUAAAAUCAUUAUUCACCAGAUUAAGUAUGUCUGUAGUAUAAAGUCAUUUAAACCAGGGCUAUUAUAAUUAACUAAAAUUUAAUGAUACAUUUUUCUCACCAUGAAAAUAGUCAUAUAGAAGCUGGAAUGGCAUUAAAUACAAACAAAACUAAAAUUUAAACGAAUUAAACAUUUUGUUACUUGAAAUGAAAUAAAUGUUAACUGGGGGAAAAAUAAUAAUAAUAAUAAUAUAUAUCCAUCUAGUAAUUUUAAAUUUUCACUUAGUUUAACUUGUAGUAAAAUAACUAAAACUGUAAAACAAAUUCAUCAAAAAUAUAUAGACAUAUACAAAUACACAACUAAAUUACUACAGCUUUAACUAAAAUAAAAAUGGAAAUGAAAAAAAAUUAUAAAAUCAAAACUUAUUAAAAACUAUAUUGUGAUAUUUAAAACAUAUUUGAAAAUGGCUAAAAUUGGCUAAAUUACUAAAACUAACUAAAAUGAAAGUGACAAAAUAAUACAAUUGAAACUCAUUCAAACUAUUAAAAACUAUAUUGAUAUAUUUUUAAAAAAAUAUAUAUAU